CUCAAAGACAAAUGCAUGCUUCCAAACAUAACCUAUUAUGUAAACAAAUGUGAUAGCACUAAUUGGUAGCAAGUUGAAAAUGUUUUCAAAACAAUUUCAUUCUUCUCCAUUGGUUUAAAGAAUUUGAUAACGUGAAUUUGUACAUGAAACAACAAAAUGACGAGACCUAUAGAUUUAACUAUUUGGAGAAAAAUAAAAUCUCUACUUGGAGUAACUACUGGUGCAACAAUUAUUUUUAGUGGAAUAUCUUUGUAUCAAGGAAAUGAAAAGUAUUACAAAGAAAUUUUUAUGCCUCUGGUGCGGUUGAUUGAUCCAGAAACUGCUCACAGAGCUGCAAUUAUAACAGCCAAAUUGGGUUUGAUACCAACACAGAAACAUGCAGACCCUCAUAUAUUACAUUCAAGCUUGUGGGGUUUACACUUUCAAAAUCCCCUUGGUAUGGCUGCUGGUUUUGACAAACAUGCAGAAGCUAUUGAGGGACUUCAUAAGAUGGGUUUUGGUUUUGUUGAAAUAGGCUCUGUAACACCAGAACCACAACCAGGCAACUCAAAACCUCGAGUAUUUCGAUUACCAGAGGAUCAAGCUAUUAUCAAUCGUUACGGUUUCAAUAGUGAUGGUCACGAAGUUGUCCACUCGCGCUUGAAAGCUCUGAAAAAUUCCAAUUUUAGUGGUAUCGUUGGUGUUAACCUCGGCAAAAACAAACUAGCUACGGAUCCCGUUCAUGAUUACGUUGAAGGCAUACGUAAAUUUUCUGAUGUAGCUGAUUACUUCGUUAUUAAUGUGUCUAGUCCCAAUACUCCUGGUUUACGAAAUCUUCAAAGAAAAAAUGAUCUUCAAGAGUUGUUACAGGAAGUUAACAAAAUCAGAGCAACAACAGACAAAAAGCCACCUCUUUUACUCAAAAUAGCACCUGAUCUUUCCAAAGACGAACAGCAAGACGUUGCCGAUGUUAUACAGCAAACAAAUACCAAAGUUGACGGAAUCAUCAUCUCUAACACGACUUUAAGUCGUAAAAGUCUCAUAAAUAACACUGCCAAAAAUGAAGCUGGCGGAUUAAGUGGAGCACCAGUAUCUAACAUGUCAACAGAAAUGAUUGCUAAUAUGUAUAAGCUUACGAAAGGUCUCAUUCCAAUUAUUGGAGUCGGUGGCAUAUUUGAUGGCGAAGAUGCUUAUACCAAGAUCAAAGCUGGAGCGUCUCUAAUACAGAUUUAUACAUCGUUUGCAUAUCAUGGACCACCAAUCGUUUCAAAAAUUAAAGAACAACUUGGACAGUUACUUACCAAAGACGGGCACAAUUCAAUUGCCGAUGCAGUCGGAAUAGAAGCAAAAAAGGUUUUGUCUGAAGUAAAGUAAUAAAACACAAUGGUAGCUUUCGUACAUUUAUAUGUUUCUAUAUUUCAAUAUAUUACAUUAAAAAAUUUGAUCGAAUGAAAUACUGUAAAUAGAAUUUCUUUAUUUAGUUAAAUUUUAUUCUAAAAGUUUAGUCAAUAGUAGAAUUUAACAUUCACGAAAUUUUAAAAUUACAUUCAAGUCGCUUUAAUGAUAAAAGAUCGAAGCUAUCAGAUGUAAUAUUGUAUAUUUAUCUGAUCUAAUAUUGUAUACACAUUUAUUUUUAUAUUUUUAUAACAUUAGCUUUAUUAGCGUAUACUCAAUUCUGGUACUCA